AUGGUUGACCCCGUUGCCACCGUAGACGGCUCCGUCUACGAGAGAAACUACAUCGAGAGGUGGUUUCGAGAAAAGCGGCAGGAGGGAAAUCGCAUCACGUCGCCCAUCACAGGGCUCGAGUUGCCCUCCGCGACCUUGAUGCCUCUGGUGGCUCUGCAGCGUGCCAUUGAAGCAUAUCUCGCCCAUCGACCUGAGUUGAAGCGGGAGCAAAUGGCAGGCCGAUCGUUUGAGGAAGCAGCCCAGAUAUUGCAGACUGACCUGUUCGAGAAGCAGGCUGUGCAUGCCAGCACGCAAGACAAGCUGAAGAGGUUGAAGCAGGCCAACAAGGCUCUCUUGCGUGCCUUGCAUGAAGCAGAGGAGCGAAUCUCGCGUUUGGAAAGUCAAUGUACCGGCCGAACCUCUUCUCCAUUCCAUGUGGCAGCCGAGGCUUCUGCAGGCUCUUCCGCUUCGCGAACGUCCAAGACUGCAGCCCCUACUGCAGUACGGAGACCACCAGGACUAGACAAGGAUGGAGGAAUGAGCUCAGGCGACGAAGCCGACUCCAUGCCCAAGCUGCCGAAGUCUGCAGCAGAGGGCCGAGAAGCCACACGGUGGCCAGGACAUACCACCAUACUCAUCUUUGGAGGUAUGCUUGCAGUGCUGCUGUGUGCGCUUUGUGGGCUGGCAGCUGUUCCCUACCAAGUGUUCGGUCGCGCCGGAGCUCCGGAGCCACUCCAAGGGUCCACCGCCGAACUGGACAGGCAACAAAAAGACGUCAAUCCUGCUCUCGCGCUGCAGCUCGACCAGCUGCACGGGGGCAGCGCUGAAGAGAAGCAAAGGGCCGUCUUCAUGCUGAGAAUCUUCGCAGCAGAGCACGCAGAGAAUCAGGCUGCAGUGGUCCAGUCCGGUGCUUUGCUUCCGCUUGUAGAGCUCCUGGGACAUGAUGCGUCAGGGCUGCGAGAAGAAGCAGCGCGGGCUUUGUGGAAUCUUGCCCGCAACAACAAGGAGAUCAACGCCUACAACCAGGUGGCGAUCAGCCGUGCGGGCGCCAUCCCGCCUUUGGUCCGCUUGUUGGAGGACGACGAGCCGCGGAUACGCGUGGUUGCGGCAGCAGUCUUGAACGACUUGGCUGCAGACAACUCCGAGAACCAAGUGGCAAUCGCGCAAGGAGGUGCCAUCGGGCCUUUGGUGCGCAUACUCAAGCGAGAUGAGGCUCCCGCGCUUGUUAUGGCUGCCAGUCUUCUGAAGAACUUGGCAGCUACCACGGCUGGUGACAUGCAGGUGACUGCCGCAUUAUCCUCCGCGGUACCACCGCUGGUGGCGCUUCUGCGGGCUGACACGCUCCUCGCCCAAGAGCAGGCGGCCUCUACACUAGGGGCGCUUGCAGCGCACAGCCGUGGGAUUCAGGCUGCUAUCGCCCGCGAAGGGGCCGUGACGCCCCUGGUGGAGCGGCUGCAUGGAGACAUGAUGAAGGGAACCGCCAUUGUGGCGCUGAGAAAUCUGGCUUCUCAAAAUGCCGAGAAUCAGGCCAACAUCGCCAAGGCAGGCGCGGUCGUGCCGCUGGUCAAGCUUCUCGAAGAUGGAAUGCCGGCAGUACGCGAGGAAGCUGCACAAGCCCUUUGGAACCUCGCACAAGACAACAUGGAGAAUCAAUUGGCCAUUGUACGCGCUGGAGGUUCUGCACCCAUGGUUGCACUCCUCAAGGGAGACAUGCAGGAGCAG